UUCGCGUAAUCGCCCAUAGGUGGUAGCAGCGCGCAGAUGUUCUACACAUUUACACUCACGAAGAAGAAACCUGGAGACAACGUAAAGCGCCGAAUCAAAACAGUCUCAGUUUGACAACUCGGCUUAUCGUUCCACCAAUGGCUGAGGAAAAGCCUCUGUACAUGUCGUUGCAAUUGUUAGAAAUAAACUAAAAUACGCAGGCAACAUCUUCAUAAAGUGAAGCAGCUUGUUAUUAGACUUCCAAGGAAUGUCAAACUGAAGAAAAGGGCAAACUUUGCGAGCUUGCGUAGCAGCUUGUGUAGCUCCCCCUAUUAAAUGGUUAGCUUCCCCGGCUACAGAAAGCAGCUCCGUUGCUCGCUAUGGGCUGAACGUGACCAUAUAUAGAUCGGCCGCAGAGCUCUCCGGCCGAAAUGUGAGCGGUGAGUUUUUGUCAGGAGGCUGACUAACGGCGAACGCAUCAAACUGGACGAAAACACCCGCCGUCCUCGCGAUGUCGUCCGACCAGAUCAUCGCCAUUGUCAUGGACGACAAGACCUACGAGGUGGACAAAAAGAAGCUGAUAGAGAAGAGCGACUACUUCCGUGCGCUGUACAGCUCGGGGAUGAGGGAGUCCACUGAGGACUCCGUGCAGCUGCAGGGGCUCAGCGUCCUGGGCCUGGAGCUCGUCCUGGAGUUCAUCAACACCUCCAAAGUCCAGGUGGUGAACGAGACUCUGGAGGACCUGAUCGAAACCGCCUCCUUCCUGCAGGUCACCUCCAUCCUCAAGCUCCUGACGUCAGAGAUCCGCCUGGAGAACUGCGUGGAGCUGUUCAGCCUCUCUGAGGUGUACGGGACUCACGACCUAAGGAACGCUUGCCUCAAGUACAUGAGCUGCUACUAUCACCCCAUGCUGAGGCGGCCCGAGUUCUGCAGCCUGCCCUCCGCCCUCCGGGACCAAGUCAAGGAGAUGCGCAUGAAAGGCACCGCCACCCUGGUGGCCAUCGGGGACUUCACCUGCCUGUCCCUGGAUGUCCCCGAUCAGGACGAGCCCUGGUCCAUGCUGAGGUACGGAGAGGUGGAGCAACGCUGGAAGCCCCUGUCCAACAACCUGCCGCCGGAUAUGAUCAACGUCAGAGGAUACGGGUCCGCCGUCCUGGACAACUACCUGUUCAUAGUGGGCGGAUACAGGAUGACCAGUCAGGAGAUCUCGGCCGUGCACUGCUACAACCCCUGCAGGAACGAGUGGAACCAGGUGGCUCCGCUCAAUCAGAAGAGAUCCAACUUCAAGCUGCUGGCUGUACAAGGGAGGCUGUAUGCCGUUGGAGGCCAGUGUCUGGGCACGGUGGAGUGUUACAGCCCGGAACAAGACUGGUGGACCUGUGUGUCUUCGAUGCCUGACCCGCUGGCCGAGUUCUCUGCCUGCGAAUGCCAGGGAAUGAUUUACGUCAUGGGAGGAUACACUGCGAGAGAAAGGAACACCAACGUGCUCCGCUACUGCCCCACCUCGGACGCGUGGGCGGUGUUCCGGUCCUGCCCGGCCCACAUCCGCAAGCAGCAGAUGCUCUCGGUGGAGGACACCAUCUACCUGGUGGGCGGUUACACCCACGAGCUGGAAGCGGGCGGGCGCCACCGCCGGCGCCCCAGUCAGACGGAGGACGUGCUGACGGUGCAGUCCUACAACGUCAGCACCGGGGAGUGGCUCCAGCUGAAGGAGAACACGUCCAAGUCGGGCCUGAACCUGACCUGCACGCUGCACAACGACGGCAUCUACAUCAUGAGCCGGGACGUGAGCCUGCCCACCAGCCUGGAGCACCGCGUCUUCCUCAAAUACAACGUGUUCUCCGACGCCUGGGAGGCCUUCAGACGCUUCCCGGCCCUGGGGCAGAACAUGCUGCUUUGUUCUAUUUACCUCCCCAGCGUGCUAUGAUGGGGAGGCAGCGGAGCAGCGGGGAGCAAGCGGGAACAAUGCGCGGCCCGCCGGGUGGAAGGCCUCGUGGCCUCGAAACAAACCCACUUUGUUGCACAAACUGCUGUGGAUGCAAAUGCAGGAGCUCUGAUGACAGGUGUGAAAGGAUGGAGUUUCAUUGUGCCUCCCGUGUGUUAACCUCAAAGCCAA